AUGGUGUUAGGUAGCGAGACUGCGAGGGACUUGCCUAUCAGCAGCCUCAGCCACGAGGGGCAAUCUAGGAACUUGUCCAAGCAAACAAGAAGCCGAGCCAUAAAUCAAGCUAACCAAGAGGAACAGAAACACAGUACUAUCAAAGCUCAUCAUCAAAUCCAAACCCAUCCCAUCCUUGGGAUUAAAUCCCCUCUCCAAAAGAUCAGGAAAAAUCAAGAGCACAUCAAGGACUAUAGCCUGCAUCGUGUUGAACCUCACAUACCUGCUGAAGUUGGGAUUCCGCACGACCACGAAGUAAAGAGUGAAGAAGACCAGAAGGCCAUUCAAGGGAAAGCUCUUGAAGACUUUAAUGGCGGGGAACAAUGGCUGAACGAGGGCCUGGAGCGGAGGGAACUGAGUGAUAACGUAUUUCCCGUACUGUACGCCGUCGAAGAAGGGGUAGAAGUAAGUGACGGCCGAGAUUAG